GUUCACGUUCACGUUCAUCGUUGAAACGGCAGCAAGAUCGGACGCCGGCGGCGGCACGCACCUAUGACGUCACGCACGCUGCUCGCCGAUGUCGCUUCCAGCUUUCGAUUUCGUCGACCCUCUGAAAGCAACUAAAGGAGCAGGGGGUCUCUCCGUUCUCCUCUUCGUCGUCUUGUUGACGUUGUGGAUUCGAGGAUGCCCUCCCUAUCGGAGCAGCUGCAGGAGGCCCGCAGUCAGGCAGAAGUGUGUUUGUACUCCGGUGGCAGGGUGCUGGAAGUGCGGGCCGCUGUGACGGUUAUGGCUCAUCUCCCUUUGCCGCCGUGCUCCAAAUACCACCACGUUUCUGCAGAAACCGUGGUGAUAGAAAACAGCUUUGGCAGCAACAGAAAAGAGACACUUGCAUCAUUGCAGCGCUUAUCUACAGCUCUGAACAUUCUGGAAAAGUAUGGGUGUAACCUCACAAAUCCCAACAGACCCAAGUAUUGGAGAACUGUCAAGCACAACAAUCCAGUGUUCAGGGCCACAGUUGAUGCGAUCCAGGGAGGAAGGGCAGUGCUUUGUCUCUAUGGUUACUCCAAUCAGAAGCCAGAUGGGCUCAGCUUCCCUGAUGACGUCACCGAUCCUGACGUUGGCAAAGUUGCUGCAGUAACUUUGGAGGUGAUGAGCCUGCGGAUGGAGCUCGAAAUGCUCAUCAAGGAGACUCAUCCUCAUCCAGAAUUCUAUGAGCGAAUCAUUCCUACCCUAAGACACAAGGAUGUGGGCCUGAAUACCGAUGCUGUGGUCAGCCGUUCGUCUUUCAGCUGUAGUAAAAAUCAUUCGGACAGUCAGUCCAAGUCACUCGCCUUCCCGCUCCGUCGCCGUUCCAUGAGGGAGAGCGGCCAUGCUUGCUCCCUCUCUCCCGACCAUCAAAGUCUCGAGCCCGUUCAGCUCCUGUUACCAGCCUUCAAGAAACACCCCGAAAACUGCACUAUCUGUGGAAUAUUUCGCAUCACUGUCCACUGCCUGAGUUGCCUCCGAGGCAUGUGUUUCGAAUGUGACAGACUGUACCAUUCCUACCCCGAACGGGCCAAGCACCGUCGAACAGCUGUCGCAUCCUCGACUUCUUCCACCCCAACUUCUAAAAGCGGGAAUAGUAAAAGUUCUUCCACCUGGCAUUGCCUUCAGUGCACAAAAGUCAACUCAUCCCAGGAUGUGCUGUGUGAGGGUUGUGAGUGCCCUCACUAUGAAUCACUCGGCUCUGCUGGAGAUGAUUCUCCACCAGCUACCAUCGCAGAUUGGCAGUGUAAGAGCUGUACAGUGGUCAACGCAGCCAGCAGCAUUCUAUGUGAGGUGUGCGAAAGACCUCGUUUGGCUACGCGACCUCCGGUUACCCCUUCACACCCUCCUAUCACCCCACCCAGACCACCAGCACCUGUACUGGGGAUGCCAGGGGACCCUGACAGCCAGUGGGUGUGUCAGUUCUGCACAUAUCUCAACUACUCACCUGCCACAGUGUGUGAGAUGUGUGACCUAGCCCGUCCAGAGCCUGCACCUCUGCCAUCAAAACUCCGCCCUCCCUUCCCAGUCAGACGAGUCCCUGCUCUGCCAGUCAAACCCAAAGAACUGACCCAAGAAGACCCAAAUUCCUGUAGGCAGCGGCGAAUGAAGGAGGAUGGGCUGAAGCUAAUACAGCUGAUUCGAGAUGGGGAGAAGAAUGGCAUCAGCCCAGAAGAGGUGUACACAUGCAUGAAGGUUGCGAGAGAUACCAACAUUCUGCCUUGCCGAUGGUUGAAGUCAGAGCUGGCUCAGCAAUUGGACAAGAUCAGCCUGUUGUCAGCAAUGUUCUCCCAUCAGUCUAUCAGGUCUUGCGAGGCCUCCGCUGAGGAUUCUGGAAAAGUGAUUGUUGCCGUCCAGCUUUCCAGAGCAGAAGCCAAACAGUCCUGGCUGACAGCAGGAGGCGACUCGGAGAAGGCUGCCAGACAAGCGCUGCAAGACAGACUCGCCAAAGUAAAGAUGCUGUGCUCGUUGGGCUUUACGGAUGAGGCUCAUUGUCAUGAGGUUUUGCGGCAAAGCGGGGGCGGGGUCAGAGGGGCGCUGGCUUUUCUGCAGCGCCCCCUUCUGGAACCCUUCCACGAACGUAUUUGGAGCGAUAACCCCGAGCCAGCAGUCGACAUCCAUCACCCUGACAAGCAGCGUGUAUGUCGGAGGUUACUGGCAGUAUAUGAUCUACCCAGCUGGGGCCGCUGUGAGCUGGCGCUCUCCCUCCUUCGGGAGCACAAUGCCCCCUACUCCCUGGAGGAUGUCGUGCAGGCCGUCCAAGAGUCUCAUGACAGGGAGUUCAUCAAAAGAGUCCUGGCCAAAGAAUGUCCCAUCUGCCUUUCUGUCUUUCCCCAUAGUAAGAUGCAGUCCCUGACGUCGUGCCAGUGUUCCGUGUGUUGUGGUUGUUUCCAGCAGCAUUUCACCAUCGCUGUCAGGGACAAACAUAUCAGAGACAUGGUGUGCCCAGUCUGCUGGGAACCUGACAUCAAUGACCCUGAGGACCUCAACAGCUACUUCUCCACCUUGGACAUCCAGCUGAGAGAAUGUCUGGAACCCGAAGUAUAUGAGCUCUUCCACAAGAAGCUGACAGAGCAGGCCCUAAUCAAGGACCCAAAGUUCCUGUGGUGCUGCCAUUGUUCGUAUGGGUUCAUCUAUGAUGGGGACCAGCUUAAAGUCACCUGUUUUCAAUGUCACAACAGUUUUUGUGCUCAGUGCAAAAAGCCUUGGGAAUCUCAGCAUGCUGGUUUAUCCUGUGAGCAAUACCAGUCCUGGAAGAGGGAAAAUGAUCCAGAGUAUCAGAAACAGGGCCUGGCUGGCUACUUGCGAGACAACGGCAUUACCUGUCCGAACUGUCGGUUCCAGUAUGCGCUUUCUAAAGGGGGCUGCUUGCACUUCUGCUGCUCUCAGUGUCGUUACCAGUUCUGCAGUGGUUGCAACAACCCGUUCCAUACGACCUGCGCUGUGGAUGAAUGCAGUGUAUCCGGACUCCAUGCCCAUCACCCCCGGGACUGUCUGUUCUAUUUGAGAGACUGGGAACCUUCUCGACUUCAGGCCUUAUUGGAGAACAAUGGUGUUGCAUACAAUACUGACCCCCCUCCUGGAACACAGACAGGACUGUGCGGAGUGAUUGAGCAGAAGGAUGACGGAGGCCAGCAGCCCGACUCGGCUUGCGGAGCGCUGACCCAAACUGGACAUGCUGGACUCUGCGAGAAGCAUUAUCGAGAGUACCUGGUCAGCUUGAUCAACAGCUCCUCCAUUGACCCGGCCCGACUCUACAGCUCCAAUGAACUGCUGCUGGCCUGCAGGAGGUACAAGGUCGAUGACACCCACAGGGAUGGAGAGGAUGGAUUCAUCUACUACAGCAGACUGCUGGAGAAACUAAUGGAUGAAGUCCCGCUGGGUGACAAGGUCCCACGCAAGAAAUAAGUCGCUCUCACAUCCAACCCAUGACACAUUAUGUAAGGUUUUCACGUCUUCUCAUCCCAGCUUUGUGCUAUUGAGUCAACGGAACAAUGAAAUUAAUGUCAUUUUCAUAUUAGCUGAGAGGAUGCCAAAUAUUUUUUUUCAAGAAACAUUCGCUGGAAGAAAGAAACAUCUCCAAAAACAUCACAUUUCAGGAAACUGGAAAAAAACUGGGGGGCAUGUUUCUUGCCCUAUUUCUAUUGCGUUUUCAAAGCGUGCAAGCCAUUUUCAGCACUUUAGAUUGGUCAAUAAUUAGCCAAAACUAUAGACUCACGUGGGGACUGACAAAUAAUAGAGAUUUGUGAAAAAGUAUGAUGCAAAUAGAUCAUUUGUGGACACCCAACAGUAAUGAUAUGAGCCUUGGCUAAGUGUGCGGAUAUUACAGUGGACCCCCGCAUUCAACCCCCCGGAUUCACCCAUCCUCAGAUUCUGUUGAUAUACCAAAAAAAAAAAAAAAAAAAAUCCCUUUUCCUGUUUUUUUCGGGAAAGAUGUUGUGGCGUUUUAUCUCCGCUUAUUUGAGAAUUGUCCGGGUUUGAAAAUCAGAAUCAUCAUGUUUUCCCCCCAAUGCAUCAAUUAUGUGUGGAUUUUCGCUCUCAGCGGAUGGCGGGGGGUCCGCUGUUUUACUACAAUAUCCAGAAUAUAUUGCAACCACAGUGAGAAGUAAUGAAGCAGCUGAACUGUCCAUUUGUGAGCUAAAUCAUCAAGUUAGAAAUGUAAUUGCGCUAAGACAUUUGAAAAUAACAUGACCCAGAACAGCAGUGUAAGUGAAAGAAAGUGAUCAAAUAAUGUCUCUUUGAUUCAGAAUAUAUAGUGCACGAUACAGUGUGUGUGUGUGUGUGUGUGUGCGUGCUGUAUGUUUUCAUCCAUAGGAAAAAUAAAAAAAAUCUCAAAAGAUUUUGGGGAUUGUCACUGCAUUGUUGUACUGUUCUGUAUGGUCGACUGAAAGAUUGUCAAGCUGGCUAUUUCUGCAGGCCCUUGAUUUGAAUUCCGUUGUCACACUGUGACAUCCAUCCACAUUUGUCACUGACUUAAAUGUAGAAUAUGAAACAGCUUAUUAGAAUAUCGCAUGUCUGUAUUUGCACAGAAUUCACUCAUGAGUUAUGACCUGGAUUGUAUUCUUGGCCUUCUACUUUCCAGAUACUCUUACGGCGUUAUUAAUGUGAAGCUGUAUGCCAACCACAAUGCAGUUGGAUUCAUGUUGAUCGGGUUUCUAACUUGUUGCUUUGAAAAUGUCCAUUCGUGUUGAGUCCACGCAACGCGGAUGUCAGAUGUCAUUUCUCCGAAACCGCGGUCCUGCUCACCUCCGUUUUUUUGCAUCACCUGUAUAAUAUCUUUGCAAAUAAAUGGAAAUGUCCCAAA